AUACAUUUUAAUUUCAAAUAAACUAUCAAGAUGAGUAAUAAUAAUGAUGAUUACAGUAUCGCGGGGCGAUACCGAACCGUGAGAAAGCAUUUGGAUGACUUGGGAUACAGACAAGCACUUUCGCUUGAUUCUUUACCUCUGAUUGAGCUUCUGCUGGUUGAUUUAGCUCAAACUAGAGAAUCCCUAAAGCAUUUUCAGUGCUUGGCUAAAGAAAACUUACAGACGUGUAAUGAACUGCAAUCAGCAGUAGAUCCGUACAAGUGCGACAAUGCAAAAUUGGUUCAAGAAUGUAAUGAAACUCAUUUGAAAUUGUUAGAAGCCAGAGAGGCGCUUGUAAAACAAAGCAAUGAGCACAAAAAAAAAGUUAGAAAAUUGGAAAGCGAAUUGAGCGACUUGCAGAUGUCCUAUUCAAAAAAUUUUGAGAGGAUAAAGAUGCUAGAGAAAGAGUCUGCAAAUAAAUCGAAAAGAAUCUCAGAACUUAUGGGAAGGUAUACCAAGCCAAUUACGAAAAAUCCAAGUCUAGCAACAAAAAAGCGUCCCACAUUCCCAUUGAAAAAGUCAGAUCGGGAAACUGAUUUUUUCUCAGAAAAAUUAGCCUUCAACAAAAAGAACGUUGAACCUUGUGUGGUUGAUUUUAUCGACAUGGCUGAUCGUAGGAUAAGAACCUUGACCAAUGAAAUAUCAAAACUAAAGGAAGAAUCGUUUUUGAGCAACGAAUACUCGGAAACACUAAAAUUACAGCUUGAUGCGAGGAACAAAGAAAUUUGCCGUCUGAGAAAGCUAUUGGAAGGUGGAAGACCGUGUACCUCCAUAAGUCAGGAUCAUUGCCUUUUAACGUCGAACAAACGAUGCCUGGAAGCCAAGGAACUAGAGGAGCUGCAGGAAGCUAAACUCAAGCUGGAGCAGCAGCUCAGGGAGUCUCUGACCAAACAGCACGAAGCAAUGGCUCAGGCUGUUAAACUUGCCGAACGCAAUGAAGAACUUGAGAGGGAACUCAGAGAUAUCGAUAGACAAGCCCUUGCCCGGGAAGCUGAUUGUAAUUCGACGGUGAAACAUAAUAACAAACGCGUCUGUAAGCUUCAGGAGAAAUUGGAUAACGUCAUGACGCGAGUUCACACGCUCCAGAACGAAUUGACGAUGCAGCGAAGGGAAGCGCAGGAGUUGAGAGCGGAUUUGGAAGCUUGCAGGCUAGAGAAGAGCAGCGUUCAGCGACUACUUGAAAACACUCUCGAGGAAAAGAAACAUAUGACGGAUAGGAUAAAUAAUUUAACGAUGAUGGCGUCAAAGAGUACCGAAAAGUCUAGCAGUCAUGAACAUAGUAGUAAUAAAAAUGAGUGUCACUGUCACAGAGGAUCAAGGGAUAACAUUUCACACAGCAAUUUCGAAGUCAUUCACGAUAAAAAUGUGAUGAUAGAAUCGUUACGCAACAACAUAGAGAAGCUAGAGUUGGAGCGCGAUUUCUACAAAUCCGAAUACGUGAAAAUCAAGGACCAGUUCAGAAAAGAUUUCGAAAAGGACAGCGAUAACAUGUGGUCGCAAAUCUGCGAGCUGCGGGAAAAAAUGAGCGAAAAGGAGCACGCCAUAUCGAAACUUUUGCGCGAAAAAAAGGAUCUGUGCCGAGAAAAGUUCGAUUUGGAAAACAAAUUGCAGACUCAACAAGUGACCUCGUCUACGUAUCCGUGCCCGUGCAGGAGGUCUCUCUUGAUCGACGAUCGUAGCAUCAAUCUGAGCAGCAAGGUGGAAAAAUUAGAGCUGGAAAAGGAUAAGCUAAGAGCCGACGUCGAGAGGUUGAUAGAAGAAAGAAACUCGCUGCGCGAACGGCUUCAGCUGGCGACGAAGGCUCACGUCGCUGAGCAUCGUCAGCUGCGCGACAAACUCGACGAAAUGGAGCUGCGUCUGGCGCGUACUGAGCGAGAACGCCGGGAACUUUUGAUUGCGCAGGAGGGCAGACGAGCAGCCAUCAGCGGUCUCGACGAUCAGCUCGAGGAUCUCAGGGAGGAACUGAAAAGGACCAAGCUGGAGCUCACCGAGCAGCGCACUCAGUACUUCCAGCUGAGGUCUUUGCAAGACCAAACGGACCAGGCUUUGGGUGACGUGCAGCGUCAAUUGACUGACUGCGAGAAUGAAUUGACGAGCGCUCUUGAUAGGAACAAGUGUCUGGAACGCCAGCAAUUGCAGCUCGAGAAUGAAAUCAAGGAACUCAGGCAAGAGAUCAAUAACCACCGAUCUCGCAUGGCCCAGAUGGACCGGGAGAAAGAUCAGUUGCUGAUGGAUUUGGACGAGAGGACGGAAAAGAUAGCUGCUCUGGAGAGAGAACUAGCUUUCAAGGAACAGCAGGCCAGCAGUAUGGAGCAACAGAUUCGCGAUCUAUCGCACACGAAGCAAGCAUGUGCCGAUCAAGCGACGGACAUGGACCGGCAGAUGCGCUCGAUGCAACUGGAAGUCGAGAAUCUGCACCGGCAACUGGCGACCCUGAACAUAGACCGCGAUAACGCGAUCCAGGAGAACCGCCGACUCCAGGACGACUUGGCCGCGGUCAGCUGCGAGGUCCGCAAGAUGCACAAGGAGCUCGAGACCUCGAGGGCCGAGGCGCUCGACCUCAAGCGCCAGCUCCAGACCUACGUGACCGAAGUCCGCCGCGCCGAGGACCUCCUCGCCCAGAAGGAGAACGAGCGCACGGACAUGCUCAAUCACUACAGAAGCCUGAGCCUGGAGGCAACGGUGCUGGAGAACAACAACCACAGCCUCGAGACCGAGGCGGCGGAGGCGCGCGGUGCUUUGCAAUCGGCUCGCGAUCAGAUGGCCGAUUUCGAGCGACAAUUGUCCAACAAGGACUGCCUCGUCAAGGGAUACGAGGCCCAGAUCACGGAGCUCACGCAAAACAUAGCGAGUCUGGAAAUCCAGCUGCAACAGGCCACCGAUCAGCGUUCCCGAGCCGAGGAUGACCUGCGAACCGUGCGCGACCUCUGCGUUACCCUCGAGCAGCAGAAGGAGUGCAUCACCCAUCGCCUCGAGGACUCGGAAGACAAGAAAAACCAAUACGAGAUCCAGCUCGAGAGGUACAGGUCGGAGCAGGACGUUUUCCAGGACCAGUUGACGAGAGACCACAAGACGAUCGACCGGCUCGAGAGGCUGAUCGAGGAGGCGCGCAAGGAGACCAUGAUCUCGCAGGCUAACAACCGCGAGUUGCAGUCCGAGGUGGCGAGGCUCAAGGCCAAGAUAAGCGAUCUUCAGUGCAAGCUGAGCUCGGAAACGGCGGAAGUCCGCAAGUACCAGACCCAAGCGGCCGAGUACAGCAAGCAGAUAACCGAGCUACGACGGCAAGUGGCCAACGAGCGCUUCGAGAAGUCCAGGCGGGAGGAGACGCGCAGCCGGAGGACCUACGACGACGAUCGAAGAGCGAUCGGGCCAAUCGCAAAAUCUCAUUCUAACAUGUACUCAUUAACGUGUAGAUACGGCACGGCUGUCGUCCCUGCGAAACUGGAAUCCAGGCCAUGUAGCGCUUGCGACAGGUUCAAAGUCCGGGUAGUCUCUCCCUCAUCCAACGUCGUCACCCCGGAGACUUCGACGACGGACGAGAACAACAAUUGCGUCUCCGGUGACUAUCAGGAGGUGACGAGUAGAGCGUGCUUUUGUUCGGGCAAGGUUGGCUACGUCGCGGCUAAAACGAAAAAGCUGAAAGACAUGGAGAACAAUAAUUUAAAUCAACAAAGUAGUAACGUUGCGAGGGCGAAAUCCGCGAUGUACAGCGAUACCAAGUGCCUUCGCUGUGGAGGAAGGAGGAAGAAAAAACUGCAAAGCCUGUACCCCGGCUCGUCGACCUACUGGCUCGCUGAAACUUUGAAUCUGAUGAACAAGAUACUCGAAGAAAAAACCACGAAUAGCCCGUCUAGACGCGGCACCGUGAACUCUGUUAGAAUUUCACGGGCAUCUCACGAUAUUCCUGGUAAUAGUAGGACCGCGAUCGUUCAAGCACGAAAGGAUGCAAACGCGUCGGCAAAACGCCACGAGAUCAACUUCAACUCGAUUGGCUCAAUAUCGACGCAGACCCUUGAUGAUACCACAGUUAUCUCCCACUUGUCGCAGCCUCAGUUGCUCAAGAUACUCGCUGAGAUUCAGCAGUACACAAAGAGCAUUCAGGAAUACUUUUGUUUGAUGAACGAAACAUUAAAACAACAGGAUGGCUCGAAAAGCGUGACUACGGCACAGCCAGAGGCCGUUCAGUGUCAGGAAACUGCCGUCACACGAACAUCGACUGUCACAGAGACGAGCGAGAGAGUGUCGAAGGAAUCUUUUGGAGAUCAGCCCGAGAAUGAAAGGAAUCGCGUCAAAGAGGACGAGGCGUAUCGGUCGAUUUCGAUGGAAAGUAUGAUCCAAAUGAACUGUAGUGCCGACGAUUGGGAAGCAGCGCCCAUUGCCUCGACACCGCGACAGUCAGAUGCUUUGAGGAGCAUCGCGAGGCCUACCGAUAAAUCAGAAACGUUCAAGGAUCUCGAAGAUGUUGAGAUGAACCCCGAUGAUUUAUACUCUGUAAGGUCGCAGGAGAGUUUGGAGCAUUCGUUUCCGGAAAGUAGCAAUAUUGAUAAUUCGACCGAGUAUAUGGAGCUGCCGCAGAUGAAGAGAGCUACGUCGGACGAUGGACAAGUUGCUGAGCCUGAAGAUUCAACGCAGUACAAGAUGUUGCCGGAACGGAUUAUGCCUGAAAAAAAUAUAUUGGACGAUAUUGAUGGUGAUAUUGCCAUUGAUCGCAAUAAAUCAAAAGUGAGCAGUAAUGUGGUGCAACAGGUCAACGAUGUUUACGAAGAAAUGGAAACCAUCAAGCAAAAGAUCGAAAAUCUUCGGAUGGAGGUAUUGAAAGAUUUCGAGCCGGACAAAAACCGGGAUAGUUGAAUUCGCAUAAAAAUUGUAAACUGCAAAAGUUAUUGAAACUUGAGCUGUUAAUUGUGUUCACUGAUAUUCACGCGCACAAGCUAUAAAAUACCUAUUGUAUAAUAUUAGUACAAAUAUUUUAAUGUUUAUAUGUGGUUUUAAUAAUGCUCAAAUGAAUUUUAAUAUUUUUUGACUGAUGAUUUGAUUCACAAAUUCAAGUGAUUUAAUGAAUAAAACAUUAUUUCGAAAAAAUA